UCUGAUCAUGACAGAGUCUGUAAAUCAGUGUGUUGCUUUCCUCUUGUUUGCUGUGUGUGCAGAUAUGCCCUCCACUCAGCCUUUAAGGUUUUGAAUCAUGGCUUUUAUUGGUCGACAUCUCUUUUUUUUUCCCUUUGCCUCCAUUUUGCCAUGGAAACCCAGCAUGUAUUGUAAUGCCUUUGUGAGUGUUCUUUCUUUUUCUACAGGCUGGUGGCUGGUUGCCAUAGGCGGGCCAUGGGCAGCAGCCAAGCCUUACAAGGCUGUGCACCACUCAGAGAAAGUCCAGUGGCGGAGUGUGGAAUCUCCUACUACGAGACUGGUUCUCCUCCGGGUGCUGAGCAACAAGCAGAACUUUCUUUUUUGAUCAUGAACACAGACAAACAUCCUGAAUUUACCUCCCCAGAGGGAGACGGGAUGGAGGUUUGCAGUGAUGCUGCAGAUGUGAAGUCACAGGAGGAAGAAGAAGAGAGGGAGGAUAGCUCAAUCAGCGAGAAUGGAGUGCAGUGUGAAGGUGUGACAGAUCCACGUGUGAUAAAAACUGAGGCUGAGGAAAUGGAAGAUAAUGAGCAGUUUCUCAAGAUUGAAAAAGAAAGAGAAAUUGUUACAAAAGAGGAAGCAGAGGGGGGCAGUGAGGACGGGAUGGAGGAAGGCUUUGAUGAGGAGAGGACAGAGGAGGACGAUGAUGAGGAGAGGGACGGGGAAGGGGAUGAAGAAGGAGAUACCCUGAAUGAGCCGCAGGACCUGUCGCUGGUGGACUACUCGCGUUACGACAGUGCAGCCCUACCAGACGCCCACGCAGCAGCAGCGGCGGCUGCAGAGGGGACGUGUGCGCCUGGAGCAAUGGCGCCCCGCAUCCAGACGACAGGCAAGCUCAGCUGUGACAUCUGUGGCCUGUCCUGCGUCAGCAUCAACGUACUGCUGGUGCACAAACGCAGCCACACGGGCGAGAGGCCAUUCCACUGCAGUCAGUGCGGGGCCUCUUUCACCCAGAAGGGAAACCUGCUUCGCCACAUCAAACUGCACUCUGGGGAGAAGCCUUUCAAAUGCCCCAUGUGCAGCUACGCCUGCCGGCGACGUGACGCGCUGAGCGGGCACCUGCGCACCCAUUCUGUAGAGAAACCCUUCAAGUGCAACCACUGCAGUCGCAGCUACAAGCAGCGAAGCUCCCUUGAAGAGCACAGAGAGAGGUGCCAUGUGUACAUUCAGAGCAAAGGUCCCGCUGAGAGAGCAGAGGACAGCCACACAUCUAGGACUCAGAUGGGCACUGAGCGCGCUCUGCUGCUCGACAGGCUCGCCAGCAACGUAGCCAAACGGAAGAGUUCAAUGCCACAGAAGUUCACGGGCGACAACGGUGUCUGCCUGGACCUGAGCUUUAACAGGGAGCUGGUCCACCGAACUGAUGUCAAGGACCCUCCACCGGGCUCCCCAGGGCCAGAUGGCCACCACCAGCAACAACCAAUCCUCACAGGCCUAGAGAGCGACCCAACUCCCUCCCACAGGCCCUACCCCAUCUCGUUAAGUCGCAACGACAUCAACCCUAUGGGCCUCACCAACGGCCAUAAGAUGGGCAUGUCACUCCUGGGCCUUCCUCACUCCGCCCAGCCACCACUCGGCAUGGACUCGUUCCACACUGACAGCUCCCAGAUGUCCCAGCCCGUCAUGUACAGCUUAGGGCACCUGCUGGGGGGGCUGAACCACCAGAACGGCAUCCCUCACCCACAUGCCCAGCCCAUCCCUUUGUCGCCACUGGAGGCUUUGCGAGUGGUGCGGUCUGACGGGGAGGCAGGAACGCUGCCUGGGGCAGUUUACCCCUGCAGCCACUGCAGGGUGAUUUUUCUGGACUAUGUCAUGUUCACUAUCCACAUGGGUUGCCACGGCUUCCGCGACCCGCUCGAGUGCAACGUGUGUGGCCACCGCAGCCGGGACCGUUACGAGUUCUCUUCCCACAUAGCCCGAGGCGAGCACCGCCUAGAAUUGAAGUAGCUUUCAUUCAUGCUGAUGUUAAUGCUUACAUACACACACAUAUGCUCAGACAGAUAACACUGUAAGAGCACACACACACAGCUUUACUCAUAUAAGUAGCUGGUAGUAUCAGAAAUGAAAGCAUGAAGUAGCAGCUCUCUCUCUGUGUCUUCUGUGUGUGUCUGAGUGUGUGUAUGUGUAUAUGUGGAAGAUAGAGAGCUUAAGUCGUUAUAGGAGUGUGACGGGUGUCAGAGUGUUCUUAGUCAUACUGUACCUCAUCUGAAAAGAUGGCCUGUAAAAUGUUUAUGCGGGAGUAAUUCUACUUCCUUUUCAAACAUACAUUUGUGCUUGAUUUCCCUGCUGAAGCCGCUGUUUAUAUUUUAUAGCAAUAUGCCAAAUAGUCAUUUAAAUGUUCACCGAAGUAGCACAAAUGAGUGCAUUUAUUGUAUCUGCUGUUGGUUUUCCUGCUGUCUGUGUAAAGGUGUAAAAAUAAAAAGAGAACUUCUUUUUUCCUUCA